UGAAAUUAAUUAGGAAGAGGGGAAAAAAAAAAAAACAAUAUAUUUGAAAUAAUUAAAAAAAUAAAAACAAAAUCAAAGUCAGAAUUCCGCGCUUCCGCCGGAAGUGGCCGCUGACGCCGCCGCGGGGGAACUUCCGCCAGUACUUCCGCCAGGCGCGGCUUCUGAUUCCCGCGCUCCAGCAGUGCCGCCAUCUUUGUUGAGGGCAGUUCCGCCCGCUCCUCAGAGCGCUCCGCGUUUCCUCCUAAAUCCAGCCGGGAACGGCGGAAUUAAUCCGGCUGGAAAUGGCGGGACGGAGCCUAAACCCCCUGGGACGGAGCCUAAACCCCCUAGGGCUGAGCCUAAACGCCCUGGGAUUCAGCCAAAGCGCCCAAAUCCACCCAGCAGCUUCCCCCAGGAGCGCUCGCCAGGCUCAACCCGCGCAAACUGCCGGCUCUGGCGUGAGGCAGCGCCGCCAUCUUGGGUGAGGGCAAUUCCGCCCGGUCCUGGAUGGGCUCCCACAGGCGGGCGGGGCAACGGCGAUUCCAAAUUCCACUUAAAUCCCGCAAAUUCAGACAAAGUCCCCCCAAAAUUUCCACACAUUCGGCCUAAAUCCCCCCAAAAUCGGCCUAAACCCCUGCAGGACCCCUGUGGCCUCGAAAGAGAGCCAAGACAGCUCCCGCUCUUCCACUGAAGCAGCGCCGCCAUCUUGGAUGAGGGCAGUUCCGCCCGCUCCUCAGAGAGCUCCGCCUUCUCCCCUAAAUCCAGCCGGGAACGGCGGAAUCCGCCUGGCAAUGGCGGGAUUGAGCCUAAAUCCUCUGGGAUGGACCCCAAAUCCCCUGGGAUUCAGCCAAAGCGCCCCAAUCCUGCAGCUUUCCAUACACUGGGGCGGUACCGGUACGGUGUGAGGGGGCCGUGACGUCACCUCGCCCCGCCCCUUUCCCGGCGCCUGCCGAUGAUGCCGCUCGGGUUUUCCCGGCCCCUCUUGAGGCGGCUCCGCCAUUUUCGCCGUGCCGUUCCCCGUGGCGCUUUCGCCACCGGAGCGCCCUCGAGGUGUCCCCAAGGUGUCCCCAGUGAGCAUGGAGCCCCAAGAGCUGUCCCCGGCCCUGCUGCAGCCGCAGGUGGCCGUGGUGGCCGUCCUGGGCGAGCUGCUGGCCGCCCUGCCCAGGAAGGACGAGAUGCUGCUCGUGUCCCCGUGGUGCCCGUGCUGGCACCUGGAGAGGUUCGCCGCGGAGCUCCGGGCCACCCUGUCCCGCGCGGGUGGCACCUGCUGGCACCACGGCGUCACCUACAGCGACGGUGAGGCUGUCACCUCCCUGAGCCAGGCCCUGGGCGCCUACAGGAGCGUGGCGCGGAGCUCGCGGAAGCGCGCGACGAGGGCGGCCAUCGUGUGGCACAGGUCGGUGGACGGGCUCGCGGACAGCUGGGCACGGCUGGCCAGAGAGGCCACCGAGCUGUGCAGGGCCUGCGGGGACGCGGCCACCAGGAUGGACACCGGGAUGGACACCGGGAUGGACACUAGGAUGGACACCAAGGGGGCCACCAGGAUGGACACCAGGAUGGACACCAAGGGGGACACCAGCACCACCAAGGCGCUGCAGGACAAGGCUGCCCGUGAUGGGACAGCUCAGGUCAUGGUGGAGCUGGGUCAGGACCUGGGCAGGCAUAAGAGCUCCAAGGUGGUGGCCGGGCAUGAAGCCGAGGUGGGGAGAGAUGCCAUGGUGGCUGCCAAGCGGGCAAAAAGGGCCACCAAGGACAGACAGCAGGUGGAGGCGGCCCUGGGGCUGCUGGAGCACUUGGUGGCCGCGUGUGACGCAGCCACCGCCUUCCCGCGGGAGCUGCAGCGCAGGGUUGGGGACAUCGAGGCCGCCCUGAAGGGGACAAACGAGGCGUCACCCGAUGUCGCCGAGGACUUGGUGGCCAAGGUGGCCGAGGCUGAGCGGCUGUGGGAGGCCAACGCCCGCCUGGCCAAGGAUCACCUGCUGGGGACAGUUGAUGACAUCAUCAAGUGCUACAUCGAUGGUGAUCCCACCAGCCCCAGUGCCUGUGGGGUGGCCGAGCGGUGCCAGAGAGCCAUCGAGGACAUCCCAAGGCUCCUUCGACCGCCGGAGUGUCCCCAAGGUGUCCCCAAGGUGUCCCCAGUGAGCAAGGAGCUCCAAGAGGUGAGACGGGGUGGGGAGGGGGACAGAGGGGACAUUGGGGGUGAGAGGGCAGUGGGGGAUGGGGGGGACACAGGGGGUGGCGGCAGCUUUAGCUGA